AUGAAUGCGUCAUCUACCAACAUGACUGUGGUUGAAGGUUAUGUUAUAGACUCCUUCUCUAAGGUCGCCAGCCACAUCAACCUGCCCAAUCAAACCGUUACCUCCCUCCCAUGUGGUUUUCUUUCCACCCUCCAGAUCUUUUACAUGAAUCCUCGGUAUAUCCUGUUUAUUCACCUGGUGGUCAACGACAUGAUCCAAGUGACCCUGUCUGUCGUAUUGUUCAUCAUCACCUAUACCGUCUACAAAAUUAAUGCCUCAGUCUGCUGCACCUUACUCCUGAUUGCUCUGUUCACCACUGAAAACACCCCUCUGAACCUGGCUUGCAUGGCAGUAGAGUGCUACAUCGCCGUCUGCUUCCCCCUUCGCCACGUGCAGAUCUGCACCAUCAAGAGAACGUUAAAGUUGAUUGGUUUAAUCUGGGGCACAAGCACCUUGUCUGUUCUUCCUGAUCUGUUUAUCACCUUGGCCACAGAGCCACUGGACUUCUUUAAGUCCCAGUUGUAUUGUGUCAGGGAAUUUGUAUUUCAAAACCCUCACAUUGUCAAAAAGAGGGAUAUUACUUAUAUUAUAUAUCUGGUUAUAGUUUGGCUUGUUAUCUUUUACACUUACUUCAAAAUACUGAUCACUGCAAAAACAGCCAGCAAGGACACUAAAAAGGCCAGAAACACAAUUCUUCUCCAUGGUUGUCAGGUGCUGUUGUGUAUGGCAACAUAUGCAGAACCCCUGUUGCAAAAUGCCCUGAAACUAUGGUUUCCCAACAAUUACACAGACUGUCUGUUCACUUGUUAUAUUAUAAUACACAUCCUGCCCCGAUCCAUUAGUUCAAUCAUUUAUGGAGUACGAGACAAAACUUUCAGGAGAUAUUUAAAAAGAUAUCUGGAAUGUAAAGCGAGUCCACAGUAGGCAUCACUUCACACAGGAAUUUCAAAAACCUUUACUCUGUUAAGAUAGAAAGUACACGUUUAA